CGCCUUGAAUAAACCUGUAUUUUCAUAGAAUUAGGAUCGCGACUUCCUGCAAUCGUCCCCUUUGUUACGGUGAAUGGGAAUGGAAUUUGUCUGGGGCCUUGCAUGCGCACAAGGCAUCCGCUGGCGACGCUGGCUGCACAUUCGCCCACAGCGCCGUGUUGUUUGUUUGUGUUUUGUGUUUGCGGUGAUCCAGGAGGUCAUGGCGGAGGCAAAGCGCAGCGGCCGCGGCACAGUUCGCGCUGCUUAGAUUGGAAUAUGUGGAAAAAUGGACAUAUCGGACAAAAACUUAAGUAGAUUGAAUCAGUCGUGCCGCCUGUGCCUUGCCGAAGAUGGAUUGAUGGUGCAUUUAUUCGGUGAAGAAACCUGUGGACAUAAGAUAUCCCUGCCUGAAAGGAUACUGUAUUGUACCACAAUUGAGGUCAAGGCUAAUGAUGGAUUGCCUGUGAAUAUUUGCCACCGCUGCAUCUAUCGUGUAGAUACAUUUUAUGAAUUUCGGUCAAAUUGUCUACGAGUUGAUGCUGCACUCCACACCUUUUGCAAUGAUAUUAAGUCCACAGCCAAGGAUCAGCCUAGUUUGGGUGAAGGUUGUCAGCCCUCAACAGACAAGUCAUUGUCUCUGGAUGAACCUCUAAAAUCAUCUGCUCAACAAACAUCAGCAGAUGAUGAGGCUUUGAUACAGACAUGUCCUGAACAAGAGGGUGAAGUGGAUGGAUCAAGUGACAGUGAGUCCAAACUGCCACAGGUUCACAAUCAAGAAAAAGAAGUGAGUGAAGCUUCCUCAAGUGAGUUGGAUGAAACAUUGAAACAGCAAGAUUGUUUCAAGAAGAGUAGUGAAGUGACCUUAGAUAGAGUCAGUGAAAAAGAACUUUGUUUAGAAAUUGAUAUGAGUGCUAAAGAUUCCAGAAUGGGGCCUUCAAACAAGCCGUACCACUGCCCUCACUGCAACAAGCCCUUCACUUACAAAGCAAGGUUGGCAGCUCAUAUCAAAACGCAUGGAGAGAGUCAAGUUUAUCAAGGAGAUGGCAUGUCUCAAAUUCAGCAGCAGUCUAUGCAGCAACCCAUGCAGCAGCAACCUAUCCAAUCUGUCUCUCCUCAAACAUCGCAACACAGUUUGCAACAUCCUCUUCAACAGCAGUCGAUUCAACAUCAAUCCAUGCAGCAGUCGCCUUUGUCAUCUCAAAUGCAAGCAAUGCAACAGCAGCCCUUGCAGUCUCAAAUACAGACCCAAGCUAUCCAGCAGCAGCAACAGCCUAUGCAAUCUCAAAUGCAGACACAAGGCAUUCAACAUCAUGUUCAGCAUCAACUGUCUCCUGGUGGUAAUUCGUAUCCUUCACAGCAGCAUGCUGGUCCUUACGUCAUGCCACAGCAAGGUUCAAUCCCACAGCAGUAUAUGUCUCAACAGUCAAUGAACCAUGGAUCACCUAGAGUUUCUGGCCAGCCAAUGUCACCAUUGCAUUCCAUGCCUUCACAGCACCACUCAAUGCAGCAGAUGCAUCAUCUUCAACAGCAGCAGCAGGUGUCAAUGCAACAUCAGGUGUCAAUGCAGCAGCAGAUGAACAUGCAGCAUCAGCAUCAUCAGUCAAUGCAACAGCAUGCUUCCAUGCAACAGCACUCAAUGCAACAAGUUGCUAUGCAGCAACAAGGAAAUAUGCAGCAACAUCCAAUGCAACAUCAAGUCUCAUUGCAACAUCCACAAGGUAUGCAUCAACAGCAAAUGCAACAGCAAUCCCCUCAACAAAACAUGCAACAGCAGCAGAUGAUGCAACAGCAGCAGCAACAACAGCAGCAGCAGCAGCAACCAGUGCAAACCUACGAUGGACGGAUGUAUGACAUGAACUACAUGCCCGAGACUCCAGGUACCCCUCCAAGCAGUGGUAGUGAAAGUACUUACAGCUGUUCUUCAUGUUCUGCUUCAUUCAUGAACCCAUGGAUGUUGGCUGACCAUGUGCGAAGUAGAUGUUGUGACCCAAAUGUUUCCUAUAAUUGUGACAAGUGUUAUUCUCAGUUUGGAUCAUUCAAUGAUCUAGAACAGCACAAGCUGUCUAGAUCCUGUGAAAAUCAAGUUCCAAGCUACUAUGACGCUUACACUCCACCCCCAAGUCACUAUGGAAUGUACGCUCAACAGCAGCAUCAGCAGGACUAUUCAAGUGGUGGUGAAAUGAUGGACUCAAGGAACACUCCAUCCCCGUGGAAUGUUAUGCCCACACGUAGCCCAGGCAGUGUGGGAACUGGUGGGAGUUCGCGGUCAAGAGUGGUACGGCAAGACAGUUAUUCUACAAGAUCUCCUCAACUAGGAACUAUGGAGGAAUUAGAAAAAUUUGCCAUGAGCAACACUGUCGUGACAUCUCCCCUAGAACCACUGGCGUCUCCCAGUUUGACUGAACCACUUGCGUCUGCUCCUUCACCUUUAGACCCCGAAAAUAGUGUACAAAGUGUGCAGAGUGUGCAAAGUGUUCAGAGUACUCACAGUACUCAAAGCAGUGGAAGUGGUAGCUGUGGACCACGUUCAAAUUUAAAUUUUAAUUCCAAUUCCAAUGCACGUUUUGGUGGUCCAAACUUCUGUGGAGGUAAUGUAAAUUCUAACUAUGGCACUACAAAUGCAAAUUCACCAUUUAUUGGUGGCAGUGCGCAAGGUUUCAACAAUAUGUGUCAGAACUUUGGCAACUCUUCACCUAACCAGAACUUUGGUAAUAGUAUGAUGAUGCAAAAUCCUCCUUUUAGUAAUAAUGGGAACUGCUUUCCAGACUCUGUCUCAAAUGCUUCAGCCAAUCCUCAAAACAUGAAUUUUAUUGAAGAAUCCAACUUGAGUUUUGGUAAUAGCAUUGGCUCUACCUACAGUAAUAAGAAGUCUGUUAGUGAGUGCUCCUCUCCACAAGAUUCAAGGCUCAUGGAAGUGAAUGCUAACACCAAGUUUUGUGAUGACAUGAACUCACACUUGCUCGGUCAGAAAGAUGGUGUGAUGGCAGAUAGAAUAGGCAGUCCAAACAUGGGAUAUUCUGGAAAAUCGAGAUUGAAUGAAGAGCUUAAUAUCAAUAUUAAUGAUGCCCUUUCUGGUUCGUGUCCUGAAAUGCUUCUUGCUACCUCACCUGGUUCAAGCAAAGGUUGUAUGGGUGGUGACAACCCUUACUCCUGUCAUGUAUGCAAAGCCAGUUUCGCCUCAAGAACCUUGUUCACAAAUCACAUGAAAACACAUGCUCCUGACCGGCCUGUGAAAUGCAGCUUAUGUAACAACUCAUUUCCUUCCACAGCUGCUCUGAAGUCGCAUGUUGAGAGCGUCCAUUCUGAAAGUGGCAGUGAAAAAUCUCUCCAUAUUGUCCUUGAUGACUCUCAAAGUCCAGGCAAACUAAAUGUAAAUGGGAACAGUGAAGAUAGUGAUGAUGAACCUUUAAGUAAGCUGGUUGUGAAGCCUAUUCCACCAGCCCCUAAAAGAAGAGGUAGAAAACCAAAAAAUGCAGUUGAACCAGAAAAUGGUGAUAAAUCACAUGCAUGCAUUUAUUGUGGAAAGUGUUUUGUUACAGCUGUUCGAUUAGCUAUUCAUACAAAACUUCAUACAACAGAAAAGCCUUUUAAGUGUGAUCAAUGUGACAAAGCAUUUAGAUCCCGCGCUCACCUUCAACGUCAUGUAAAAACACAUGCUGGGGACAAACCUUUCAAAUGUGUUACUUGUAACAAGUCAUUUACUGUUUCGAUGAACCUCAAGAUCCAUAUGCGCACACACACUGGUGAAAGGCCUUACCAGUGCAAUUUGUGUAAAAUGGCGUUCAUUGGGUAUUCUCACCUGUAUAACCAUCUUAAAACCCACUCAGAUACACAAGGGCCGUUUACUUAUACUUACUUCAACAAGGUGUACACCACAACAGGAAACUUUACAUUGACAAAGAGAGAAAAAACUGCCCGAGGAAGAAAUAAAGACAGAGAUAUAGAGAAUGAUCCUUCCAAAGUGGAAGAAAAUGAACAAGUUAAAGGGUUACUUAAAAGCACUGGUAGAAAAAGAGGAGGGAAAGCCCGUUUCUAUGAACCUGAACCGGAAGAUGAUGAGGAAGACGAAGUUGAUGAGGAAGAUGGAGAAGAGGAAGGGAUCGAAACUUCAGAGGAGCCCUAUGAUUUUAAGUAAUUAGUAAACUCUUGAUUAAGGCUACUUGUGAAUUAGGAUAAUAUUUCAGUGUUCUCAGACAAGUGUACGUUCUCUUGCUUCUUUUCUGGACAGUCCCUUAGCUUUAUUCUCUUAGUAAAAAUCUUGACUGAUUAGUGAUGUUUAAAUUGAGUUUUUGCAAGUGUUUUCUUCUUUUUAUGUGAUGUGUUAAAGGGCCAUGAAAUUCUGCCUCACAAGACUGGUGUAGUAGCCAUGCAGUGAUGAAGAUUGCAGUGUGGAGCCUAGCAGCCACAAGGUCUUUGUGAAAAUUACCUAUGAUGUUAAGGGACUGGUUAAAUGCUACUGUACUUUUCCUCUUGUAUUAGUGCUCAAUGUCUGUAAUUUUAAAUACAGUAAUUUUUUUGUGCAACAAAGACAAAACAAAAAAAAAAAUGCAAUAAAAAACACGAAGUUGUCGACUAGACUGCAUGUUUUUGAUUUACUGUGGUGAGUUGCCUUUAGUUCUUUUGUUGUGACUUUUUACAUCUACAAGGCAUUGUUAAAUCUUACAUUUUAGUUACUCAGUUUUUGUGUGGUUUUAUGUGGUGCAAAUUAAUACAAGAAAGGCUGUUGGGGCUGUGAUUCUAUGGUUUACAAAAAGUGCUUUUCUUCAAUUGUUUUUGUACUUGAUGCCACUGGUUUAAAGGAAAGUUUUUAUUUCUGUAAAUCUGUUUAAUUGUUUAAGUGCUCUCAUUGUUGGUUGUAGCUUCUACAAUUUAACAUUCGACACUUUAUGGUGUGCCUCUCACUUUCGCAAUGGGUUGAGACACCUUUAAAAAAAUGUGCAAGUUUGUAUUUGUUGCAUCUGAUUGCUCAGUAUGUGUUGAUUGCUCAAUAUUAUAUUCAGUUCUUUAUGCUCCUCUUUGAUAAACGUUUGAAGGCAGCUACAUCAGAACAAUAGCACACCCUAUUUUUCAUGUACUUAAUAUCUGUACCUGAUGAAGUAUUUGAUUGAUUUUUAUUUUUGCAAGUGUGAUUUGUAAUUUCACUUGACCCCUUCUUUUUUAAAUUUUGAGUUAAGCUUUUUUCUGUUGACUUUGGAGGCCUAUAUUCAUCAUGCUUGUCAUGAUUGUGAGUCAACUGGAGAUAUUGUCUUCUGCUUGUUAGGAAACUACUACCUGUUCUUUUUCUCAGUCAGAAAUGCGGUCAAAAAUAAUACUCUUCCUACUUAAUUUUUUGUUUUCUUUUUGAAGUUUUAAAUGUGCUCGUUUGCAUUUGUUUGAUGAAUUUACAUCCCUUUAGCACUGUGUUGUGGUGAAAUGCACUUUUACUGCCCUUAUUCUUGCCCACAUUGUUUUACAUGGCACAAACAUUUUCUUGGUAAUCCCAUCCUGAAAUUGAAUUUUCAUUUUGUUUAUUGACUAAUUUUCAGUUCUCUUUUGGAAGGGUUCAGCCAUAGUAUGGUUCAUGCAAAGUCUUCUGAGUGCCAUCAACUAAGAUCUUUAUCAAGAUCAAAUUUCAUGAUAAAAAGUAUUUUCAAAGAAUCCACUACAUUCUUUGUUGUGUGGUUACCAUAGUAAGAAAGUCUUGUUCGUUAAGUCUUCUGCAGGAGAAACCGUCUGUUAACUGAGGUUCAAUAAUGUGUGCCAGUGUUUUUGGUGAGGGUUUGCUUAGUUCUUAAGACAUUUCUGUUUAAUUUUGUGUGUGAUAAAUGUGGCCUAAGAAGCAAUAACAAUGCUGUUCAUGACAAAUUCACAAAAUGGAUGAAUGAUCAAAUUGAUGAAGCAUUGGCUUUUUUUGGUCUGCUUUCAUGUGGGUUAUUCAAUUGGCCAUAUGUUAUCUGUCCUUUUAAUUGUGUGCCUAUUGUUGAUGGAAACUGUGAUGUCACCUUACACUCAGAGUUACUGUUAAAUCUUCUUGGGCCUUUUUUUUUCUUUUAAUUUUUUUGCAUUUUAAUAAUAUUUUAACAAUGCCUGUAUUAUACUUCUCAGCCUGAAAAAGUGAUCUGAAAUUGAUACUUAAUGUAUUGUAAGUUGUAAGUCUCAUACGUAAUAUGCAAAGACAUUGUUUUUACCCCUGUCACUUUUCUAAAUCUCAUAUCCAUUUAUUGGCCUUGAUCACUUCUCAUUUAGCUAGCCAGAAGAACUGACAUUUGUUGUUAUUCUCGUACUAAAUCUCAAUCGUUAUUUGUUUAUUAUUUUUACUUAAUAGAAAGGGACCAGAUGAAGUCAGCAGUCAAGAUCCAUUUAGCUCAGCUUUGUCUGGUCCUUUCAAAAAUAAGUGUUGCCUCUUCAGUCUGAUUCUUGUCUUUGCUUUUGAUAUGAUUUUCAAUAUUUUUGUUAACAAAAGUAGUUCCUUGAGCAUGGUUGUGAAUUUUAUGAGCCUCUUGCCUUUUUGUUUUUCUGUGUAAUGUUUUCUUUCCUGUUUGUUCCUUUCUCAUUGCAGAAUAAUUUCAUAUCAUCUUUUUUCAGCUAUAUAUAUACUUAUGUAUAAUUGUAUAUCAUUUUCCAUGUGUAUGUAUUUGUGGAAUAGGGCCCUUUUAAUUUCAUUUUAUUAACUAAUUAAUUCUUUCACCAUUGAUAACAGAACUAAGGCUGUCCAUUGGCCUAUUCGUACUAUCUUGAUGUAUAAACCAUUGCCUUUUAUUAUAGGUCUUAAGACAUUCAUGUUUAUGGUUGUGGGAUUUUUUUUUUAAUUGUAAAUAAAAUACUUUGUGUGAUCUGACAUACAAUUUGUAAAUAGACAAACAAGAUGAAAAGACAGCCUUAGUACAAAUCAUGUACAUACAUUCUUCAUUUUAAGUUGUUUUAUUGUGUGUGUGUAUAUGACCAAAUGGUGCUCAUAAUGUUAGCUUCCUGUCUUCUUUUAUAUGUGAGAUUCUAUUGAUCUGAUAUACAGUAAGAGUUAAGUUAGGUGAUGUAUACCCAUGCUGGAUAUUGAUACCCUGUUUCUUUGGUUCAGCCAUCCCUCAUAUGUCAUUCCAGGUUGUGCUAUGUAUUUUAUAGAUUUUCUUGCUAUGUCUGAAUGUCAACCUUCAUUAUCUUAUGUCUUGCGUGUUCCGUACUUAGAGUUAUGGAGUGAACCCCUAGUCAUGUUGCAAUUUUUAUCCCUGUUGACUAUUUCUUUGCCCUGUGUUUGUAUUGCUCUUUGAGAGUCUUGUCCUCUUUACUUAUGUUGUAACACAUAAGAUAUGACAUAGCAAGAUAAUCUGCCAAACUCUGUAAAAUUUGCUCACAGCUUCAAUUUGUCAGCAGAAUUUUUGUAAUUUGUAAUCUGUUUUUUGAACAAACUUUGUUUUUUCUUGCCAUUUUUGUGUCUAUUUCUAUGAAUCAAAACAUUGCUUUAGCUGUUUGCUUUGCCCCAAACACAUGGUGCAUGGUGGUUUAUUGUAAGAUGUUUGUUUGUUAUUUCACAUUCAGUGUUUCGCUAUAAAAUGUACGAUUUGUUUUUAAUUAUUACUUUUUUUUGUUAUAUCCUCUGUACCUUUACAUCACCAAGAAGUAUAUUUGUUAAGACAUUUUUACUCCCUCCAUGUCUCCUCCCUGUUUUUUCAAUCUGUUUUCCUUGAAGUUGUGUUUUGAAGAUUCUGUGUUAAUCUUUAUUCUUGCCCAGAUUUUGUUACACUAUUUGUAUUGCAGUCUUUUUCUUUGAAGCUGUCAAUUAUUUUACUGAUUAUUAAUGUUAAGUACUGCAGAAUGGAAGCCCAGGUCUUUAAAAUUACCCAAGGUGAAUAAAUGUUUCAGCAAGAAAA